UCGGCGGUAGAAUGUCAUGAAAACUACCGAAGACAGUAAACAACUACGAGAUAUAUUGCUCUCAGAUAAUAGCGCGGUAACAGUGGUCGACUAACUGUGUAUGUUUCAAAAUGCCUGACAUAGAGAAGUUACACUUAGAAGAGGCACUAGAAGACAGCCCUCAGACGCGGAGUCUCCUGUCGGUGUUUGAGAAGGAUGCUUUGAUUCUGAAGAAGUACACCAGCAACCUGCACAGCUGUUGCCAGAGAGUCAUGUCUGCUCAGAAUGAGCUGUGUGCAGCAACUCAGGCCCUAGCCCAGCAGCUCCGAACAUAUGAAGUGCAGAAAUUCCCCCUGGAAAGUGAAAACAGUAUUUUAACCACAACUCUCAAUCAGUUUGCAAGCUACCUUGAUGAUAUCAGUUCGGUCCAGCAGGUCUUAGCAUCUCAGUUCUCGGAGACAAUGAUGUACCCACUUAGCAAGUUCCUUCAGGCUGACAUGGAUGAAAUCAGCACAAUGUUUGAAAUGUUCCAGAUUGCAUCUCAUGAACACGAGCAGGCUUUAACAAAAUACAUGAAACUUCCCAGCAAGAAGGACAACGAGAAAGCCAGGGUUGAGGUUAACGAGGAGCUCUAUGCAAUGAGGAAAAAGUUCCAUCAGACCUCACUUCACUACUACUCAAGUCUGAAUGCUGUGCAGUACAAGCGGAGAUGUUUCCUCCUCGAGCCCAUCAUGGGGUACCUCCAUGCCCAGAGGUCCUUCUUUCAGAUGGGUCAGGAUGCCGUCUGCAAGCCGGAGAUUGAAAACUUCCUCACAAACAUAGCAGCAAGCGUUCAGAGUGUGCACCAGGAACUGUCAACGGAGACUCAGAAGACGGUUGAACUGAUAGACACAAUAGAGAAACAGAGCGCCCACUUGUACAAUGCAGAGCCACCUAUAGACAUGCCGUUUAUUCCGCCCAACACAGCACUCACUCAGAAGGCAGGAUAUCUCUUUCAACGAAUUAAACAAGCCCUCAUCACCACUAAGUGGGAACGGGUGUAUUUCUUCACACAAGGGGGCAACCUGAUGAGUCAGGCCAAGGAGGAGUUUGCUGGUAGUCUGGUGAUCGAUCUCAAUGAGGAGGGUGUGAUUGCCGAGCCAGGGACUGCAGACGAUCGCAGAUUUGUAUUUCAAGUUGUCUCUCCGGGAAACAAGAAAGCUUGUUUACUUCAAGCUGAGAACUACCGGGAGAGGGAUGAGUGGAUUGCGACAAUUAACAACAUUGUGAAGGACAGUGGAUAUGUUCGAGGCAAAGCUACUUCAAAGAAGAAAGAGCAGCAAGCUGUAUUGAUGAAGAAUCAGUCCACAGAUUCCGCUUCGGCUCCGGCUCCAGAGAAAGCAAGUCCUGUUCGUGCCAAUCAUUCCCAAUCAUCAACACCCGCUGCCACCCCGACGGACAAUUUUGUAAUCGACACUCCCAUACAGUUUGACCUGGUAUCACCUUCUGAUGAGAAUCGCCAAGUUACGUCGCCCCAAACCGGUCCACCAAAAAGAAUCAACCCAUUUGACCAGUCAUCAGUGGAUGUGUUAGACUCUCCAGUGGACAAUGCAGCUUUCUCUCAAUCCUUCACUGUCCGUUUUCUUGGAUCAAUGGAAGUAAAGUCAGACAGAGGGGAACAGCUGGUUCAUGGUACCAUGAGGCAGAUAUUGGCAGCCCGGGCAAUACACAACGUCUUCAAGAUGACAGAAUCCAGGCUGCUUGUUACAAACGAGUGCAUGAGAUUAAUUGAUCCCUCCAACAACACAAUUCGGGUGGAGUUUGCUCUCCCAGACAUAUCAUUCUGGUCUGUCCAUCAAGAUAAUCCCAGGUUGUUUGGGUUUAUCACGCGGAAUCGAUCUGAAGGCGGAGGUGUGACGUUUGCCUGUCACGUGUUCGAAAGCAACAACUCUGCAGAAGAGAUAUGUCAGGCAAUCAGUACGGCAACUAAGAUUGCAUUCCAAGCUAUCAUGGAGAAGAGGAGUGGCAAGAAGCCCUCCGUUAGCAAGGAAGUAGACAAGGAUAAGGAAAAGCGUCUACUACUUGAAAACAUACAGCGAAUGGAUGACAUUGACUCAAGCCAACCUCCACUCAGUCCAGAUGGGAAAUUCCUUAUUCUGUCCAGCCCUGACCAAUCAGAGGUCAGCCAGAUGCCAUCUGACCCAAACCCACCAGUAGCACAGUCCUGUGGUGAUGGAAAUGCUGACUUGGAGGGAGCCGAGUCCGAAGCGUAAACAACCAUGGGCUAUCUUGAUUGGCCAAUGUAUGCAGCCAUGUUGUAAUCUGAUCUAGUUGAACAAGAUGAUAUCAUUCUGUGAUAGAGAUAGCGUUGGAUCCUGUCAGUAUAACCAAUUGACACUAUAUUCGAAAUGAAAAGGCAACACGUUAAGUAACAAAUCUUUUCCAUUUUCUUUUAUGAUGUGACAUUUAGCUAGAUCCUGAUUCAUUUCGGUUUGGUUGUCAGUGUUAGAAAUUAAUUGAAAUAAGAUCUUUAAUUCCAAUAGCUCCUCCUCGCCUGAAGAAGGUUGCAUCCGGUGAGCCAAGUGUAACCUUUGACCGACCAAUCUAAACGAACUAUGUAUGGGUUCUUGAGUCCGUUAGACAUAAGUCUUUCUGGUUUGCCUUAAUUUCUUCAUGUUUGGAAAUUUUAGUUUUUAUCGAAAGAAUAAUCAGAGAACACAGAUAUCCCUUUGACAAUCCCUUUUGGAAGUAGAUGUUGGGGCAUUGAGAAAUGAUACUGGCUUGGCAUUUAUUAUUAUCCCCCGCCGCGCGUUUAGCGCAAAGCGGGGGAUAUAGUAUUAGGCUCCGUCCGUCCGUACGUACGAAUUGGAAUAUCUUAAGAACCGUUAACUGGAUUCUUUUCAUAUUUGGUACCUAGGUUCAUCACAGUAAAAAGCUCACCUGGUGUCACCUUCAAUGUUCAGGUCUUCAGUUAGUGAUGUAGAUUAAGUAAGACUCAUUAUUUCUUGACACGUUUCCAUUUUAAAAGACACACUGUAUUAAGUCAGUGUUUGUGACACUGGAGAACAAAGCUGACCUGAUCAGUUUUCAGUGAUGAAAGUAACUAACGAAUGGCCAGAUCAUGUUCACUGGGGCAAGGAAAUGACUCUGACCUGUUUGAGAGGCAUUCUAGAAGUAAUAGGAAUGACAAGUCUUAUGGAUGACCAAAUUCUUUAUUGUACAACAGAGACGUAUUCGGUAUAGAUACUUAUACCAUUUUCAAGCAUGCUUGGAGGCGGUGGGGUAGCCUAAUGGUUAAAGCAUUGGCUCGUCAC